GAACAAAUUGGAGAAAAUGAUUGAAGAAAAACUAUCUGAUUGUAGUUUGAAGGCUACUCCACAUAUUGAAUCCAGGAUAAAAUAUCUAAAGCAAAAGUAUAGUGCUAUUGUAGAGAUAUUAUCACAAAUAGGAUGCACAUGGAAUGACCAAAAGAAGAUGAUCUCUUGUGAUAAAAUAUGGUACAUGGAGUGGUGCAAGGUGCAUGAGUCCGCCAAAGGUUUAUGGGAAGUAGUUUUUCCUCAUCUAGAUAUACUUGAAGAGAUCUAUGGGAAGGACAGGGCGACAGAAAAGGGUGCUGAAACAUUUGCAGAGACUAUUGAAAAUAUAGAGAGAGAGGAGGCAGCUAUUUUGAGUGAUAAAGAUCCAGUGGACUUUAGCAUGGAUGAGGAUGAUGACGAUGGAGGCCACUCGGUUACACCCUCCUUCGAUAGAGAAGACAUUUGGUAGCAGUUCGAGAAAGGCAAAGAAGCAGAAAGUUAUCCAACAGAAGGAAGCAAGGGUGGCGAGAGAAUAUGAUCUUAUGAAGGAGAUUUUAGAGGCCAUGUCUACGAUCCUCGAGACAUUUAUGUCGCACAUAGAUAUGCAUUUUGGUACCAUAGCUGAAGCAAUGGCACGUGAGCAAGACAUGGCUGAGAAGAAUGCAGUGAGAGUAAUGGAGGAGCUACUUACAUUAGAGGCAUUGACUAGUGGUGAAGUGAUAAAAGUGGCUGAUAUUCUUGUAGCAGAGCCUAGCAAGAGUGCAGUGUUCUUCUCCCUUCCACCACAGUUGAAGAGGCAGAUUGUCAUGAUUUAUUUGAAUCUUGAUAAUUUUGAUAUGACAAAUGAUUGGCGGUUUAGGUUUUGGAAUGAUAUAAAAUUAUGGCAUCAUCUGCUUUCAUAUCUUCAGACUUCAAAAUGCGUGUUUGGAUGAGGAAGGACCAAAUCCUGUUAUUGCAAAAUCUGGUAACCAAAUAAAGAAGCUCUCUAUUCAAGACAAAGAUCUGAUUGUUGAGGGUGACAUUAUUGAUUUGAAUCCUGAUAAUUAUUUAUUUAUUUUUGUAACUGUUGGCAAUGUGCAUGUGCAUCUUUGUCAAAAAGAGAUUCUAGCUUCUUAAGAAAAGAGACGCCUUUUAUUGUUUAAGAUAUUGGUUCUGGCAAA